AUGUCCGACCUCGACUCCCCAGACGGUACGCCCGCAGAUGGUACGCCUGCAACUGCAACCCGCGAGCGGCGGUCAUCCAAAAGGCGACGAGUGCACAACGACGGUGGUGAUAGUGAGGGCUCAACCCCUCGCUAUAGCUCUCCAGAUGAUCAGGAUAUGGGGAUGCGGAUGGAGGAAGACGGACCAUACCGAUCCCCGAAUCGGGAUUCAGAAGAUCGGCGGAGAUCACAGGCUUCAGAUGGCAGUCCCGACGAGUUAGACCAUCCCUAUCGCGAUCGCAGCAGAAGUCGAUCGAUCCCAACCAGCACCGACACCCCCCGCGAAUGUGACUCUUCACAUUCGCAUUCUCCUCUGGGCGGACCCUCGCCACCCUCAUACAAGCCUUUGAAACUUAACUAUAAGCAGAAGUUCAUCCUCAGAGGUCACCGCAAGGGCGUUGCACAAGUGCGCUUCUCCCCGGAUGGGCGCUGGAUAGCCAGUUGCUCCGCAGACGGCACCAUAAAAAUAUGGGAUGCGGCGACUGGAAAACAUAUGCGCACCUUGCAGGGACAUUUGGCGGGAGUUUCGACGAUUGCUUGGAGUCCGGAUUCAAACACGAUUGCUUCGGGGUCGGACGAUAAGGCGAUACGAUUAUGGCAUCGAGCGACUGGAAGACCCUAUCCUGCACCACUCUUAGGCCACCAUAAUUAUGUCUACUCCCUCGCUUUCUCGCCAAAGGGGAACAUGCUGGUUAGCGGGAGCUAUGAUGAGGCUAUAUUUCUCUGGGACCUCCGGGCAAGGAGGCAGAUGAGGAGUCUGCCCGCCCAUUCGGAUCCGGUAGGCGGGGUAGAUUUUAUCAAGGAUGGGACAUUGGUCUGCAGCUGCUCAACCGACGGGCUAAUACGGGUGUGGGACACAGCAACUGGACAAUGUCUUCGAACCCUCGUCCAUGAGGAUAAUGCUCCCGUAACCACCGCCCGAUUCUCCCCCAAUGGCCGCUACAUUCUUGCUUGGACGCUGGACUCCUGCAUUCGACUGUGGGACUAUGUUUCAGGCCAGUGCAAAAAAACGUAUCAGGGUCACGUCAACACCAAAUACUCCUUAGGCGGCGCGUUUGGAGUAGGUGGCACGGAAGGCUUUAUAGUAUCGGGGAGCGAGGAAGGUGACAUACUCUUUUGGGAUGUACAAAACAAGAACGUUGUUCAGCGGGUUACCGGUCAUGAAGGGGUGGUUUGCUGGAUUGAUACAUGUCCUGGAGCGAGUGGAACAAUAGCUAGCGGGGGGUUAGAUGGGACUGUGCGGAUUUGGGUCGACGUCCCUGAUGAAGACGGCAUCGAUCGCCUGAAACUGGAGGAUGAAAUUGCCGAGAAUGGUUAUACCAAUGCCGAUGAUGUUGGCAUGGAUCGCCUUAAGGUCGAAGAAAAUGCUGACGACGGCAACAACAGUGAUACCCCAUGGGAUGACAUGAGCAUUGACGGCCACCGGAAUCCCGAAAGAGAAGCUGAAAGGCUUAACCCGGAUGGCAUGGACGAGGAUUAA